UGUUAAUUUUUUAGAGCGUUGUCGACUAUCUUGUUCGAGAUAAUAUUAAGACACACUCGCUAAUUGCAGCACACAUCCACAAUAAUAGAUGACUCCACAACUUUGCAAAAAUACGAACAAAAACAUCAAGACUAAAGUUGUUUGCAAUUCAUGUUCGAAACUAAGACUUUAUUUUGCAUAGAUAGCACGAUUUCUUCCCUAGUCACCCGUACUUGCACGAGUAGACACCUCAAUCAAAAUGAAAGUUCGCCAGGAAAAUUGCGUAUUCAACAAUUAUUAUUAUUUCCAGGGUUUUCAGUAAAGAAAACUAUGUUGUUCAAGUAGGAAUUACAAAAUACAAAAAGCUAUCGCAAGAGAAAUGAGAUUGUAACUAUGAGCAACGAUAUUUUCAAUUUGCCAUUUUAGUUGAACACACUACAUAGUCAAAAAGAUCUCAGAAAAUGGUGGAAGGCAAGGUACUGAAUGACGAGGAGCAGGAAGAUACAUGCUCGGUAAUUCGCAUCAACGUCGGAGGAGUACACUACGAAACUUUACGAACGACGUUGCUUGCCGAAGAUUCAAUGCUUUCGUCCAUGUUCGGUGGUAAACACAAAUUGCUGCGCGAUAAAGACGGCUGCCCGUUCAUUGACAGACCUGGCGUUCCGUUUGGAUUUAUCUUAAAUUUUCUAAGAGAUCGCACAAUGAUGCCACCAAAAGAAUUUAUGAUGCAGGUUCAUCAAGAAGCUUCCUACUAUCAAAUUGCUUCACUAAUCAAGAAGUUGGAAACGACACCUGAAAUAUUUCGACUUCGACUUCGAGAGAAUACGAAAACAAUGUUUAAAAACUUCGACUCCUUAAAAGAAACAUUAAUACUACACGCUCAAGCGAAGAGCCAGAAGACUCUGAAGAUGACAUCCACUAUCUCCUUUAUGACAUCUUCUUACAAGAAAAAACUCGAAGAUCCCGUGGAAUGUGUCCUCACAGACCAUUUGCUCUCGUUACACAGCGAGGGUCCAUGCAGGCAAGAAAAGUAUACUGAAUUUAAACACAGACUGCAAAUGCUUGAUAUUGUCAUUGACGACGAGAAAGCCGACUUCGACAUUGCAGUAUUUAUGGACUUGCUAGACAAGGACUUGCAUAAUGAUGGGUAUCAAUGUAAACUAUGGUCAGAAAAAUGGAAAUGUCUUUACAGAAGUAAUUACACAAGAAAAGAGUGCCCAUUUCAUAUCGUCACGCACUUUGUCGAAAUGAACUGGGCAUAGUCAGCUGACCAUAAUUCUGUGAAUCAGUAAUGGGAAAUUAAAUGGAAGUACAAGCUAAAUGAAUACAUGUCAAUGCAUGUAAGCAAACACAAUCAUCAAAGAAACAAUGUAAAAAAAUCUAGACUCUAUGAAUGAAACGACGAAUGUUAAUGAAGGAUUAUAUAGAGAAAAGCGAAGACAAAGUAGAAAAAAAAACAUCAAAGGAAACAGCUCAAAAGUUUGUUAGUUAACUUCACUUCUUAAUGAAAACUUACUAAAACAAAAGAAAAAAUCAAAAAUGCGAAGAAACAAAAUUGAGGCUUUUAAAGAAUAAUAAUUGAUAAAGAAGUGUCGUAAAUCUUGUUUUCCAAAUGUCGCCAUAUGAUUAGCCAUCUUCAAUUGGAUUGAAUUGAAAUAAAUGUUGCCCAUGUACAUAAAGAAA